UGGGUUUGAGAGUAUGAGCGCUGUUUUCUGUGUGAUCAACGUUCAGCUGUUAGUUAUGAGAGGGAACGCUCGUGUAUAGCGCAGGAAACUUCAGUAACUUUAGUGAAACUUGUUUAAACUCCACACAGCAAAAUAAUGGAGCCGAUAACAAAGUGGACAACCACACAGGUUAUAUACUGGAUCAGAGGGCUGGAUGACUGUCUCCAGCAGUACAUUUUGAAUUUUGAGAGAGAGAAGAUCGACGGAGAGCAGCUUCUGAAGAUCUCGCAUCAGGAACUAGAAGAGCUGGCGGUGACGCGUGUCGGCCAUCAGGAGCUCAUUCUGGAAGCAGUGGAUCUCCUCUGUGCAUUGAACUGUGGCGUAGAGACUGAUAACCUGAAGAGUCUGGUUGGGCAGAUGCGGGCGGCCUCCAAAAACUUGCACAACUGUGCAUCAGAGCGCAGGAAAAACCCUUCGUAUGAUGGAGGAAGCCCAAGCAAACCACCCAAUGUGUUCCUCACCGCUGUAGUGGAGCUGAUAGGGGCUGCCAAGGGUAUGCUGGCCUGGCUUGACAGGACUCCCCUCACAGGCAUCAGCGAUUUCGCCUCAACCAAAAAUAAAAUCAUUCAACUCUGUCUGGAACUGACCACUACUGUGCAGAAGGACUGCACCGUGUUUGAAAUGGAGGAGAAGAUAUUAGAAGUGUCACGGGUUUUGACUGGCGUUUGUGAUGCGACCAUGAGGAUGACCUCCGACCCCUUAAAGAGUACCAUGACCUGCUUGGAAGAAGUCCACAUCGCCAACAUCCAACCGGGCGAAGGACUGGGAAUGUAUAUUAAAUCUACUUACGACGGCCUACACGUCAUCACCGGAACGACUGAGCACUCCCAGGCGGACAGAACUCAGCGGAUUCAUGCUGGCGAUGAGGUGAUACAAGUCAACAGACAAACAGUGGUGGGCUGGCAGUUGAAGAAUCUGGUGACAAAGCUCAGGGAAGAUCCUCAGAAUGUGACACUAAUGCUGAAGAAAAGACCUUCUGGUACCUGCGGCUUCACUCCCGCACCGCUGAAGAACAUGCGCUGGAGACCCCCCGCCACCCAGAGUCCAUCACAUGCACCUGUUGGCCAGCCGUCUAGAAAUCCUGAGCAAAUUUCUGUCAAGCGGCUGGAAAAAUCUGCAAUUUUAGAUCUGCAUAUUCCUCCUCCACCUUCCGUUCCAUAUAGCCCACGGGAUGAAGAGACGUGUGAAUAUGCGGUUGUGAAGAUGAGACCAAAACGUCCCGAGUCGCCAAACUCGUCUUUAGACUUGGCUUACAGACGGCGAUCAAACAUCGCGGACAGUAAAUUCAAUAUGAACCCACCCGAGACUGUCGUCCUACAGGCGCGACUGCGACAGCGCAACCCCUCCAGAGGGAAGCCACGUCCCGUGUCCAUGCCGGUAGACACUUGCCUGGGCGUGUCAGACUCCCCCUCUAGACCCUGGGCUCUUGGAAGGAAAGGUGAUGAGAUGUUGCACAGAUAUCUCAGUAAUGAACAGAUCCCCACUAUCUCAGAAGAGUCACCCUGUUACCCGCUGCCAUACCGGCCCCGAGGUGAACGCCAGCUCGUCCGAGGGGUAGAUCACAUCCGCGGCAGCCAGUGUUUUAUCGACGCAGACCUGCACACCAGCGGCACCAUACCCUAUCAAGAAGCCAUUGCUCGGAAGCCCUCUGCAUCUAAAUCCACCAAGAGACCCCCAUCAGAGCCCUCGCUGCUUAGCAGCUGGAUCGCCCGACUCAAGCUGCUCACACAAACCAAACCAUCUUCUGCAAGGUCUGUGAUGUCUACCAGAGUUGUUUUCAGAGGAAGAUACUUUCAGGAUUUUAUAUGCUGGCUACAGACUGUGUUGUUGUCUCUGAAGACAGUGGAGGUGAUCCGCACAAUGCAGUCAUAUCCUCUUCAAGACUUCGCUUCGGAAAGGUCUGAAGGCAAUGGUGUGAUGAGCCGCAGGAGGGUCUCGGUGAAGGACCUGGGGCAGGGCGACUGUCAGGGCUGGCUGUACAAAAGGAAAGAAAGCAAAGGGCUCUUGGGCUGGAGGUGGAAGAAGUUCUGGUUUGUGCUGAAGAAAUGUUCGCUCUACUGGUACACAUCCGAGACGGCAGAGAAAGCCGAGGGUUACAUCAACCUGAGAGACUUUCCUGUUGAUCAGGCUACUGAAUGCAAGAAAAAGUUUGCGAUGAAAGCAAGCCACCUUCAGAUGUUGACACUGUACUUUGCAGCUGAGAAUUUGAAAGACAUGAACAAAUGGCUGACUAAACUCACCCAGGCUUCAAAUGAACCCGCGCCCACAGACUCAAGCAGUGGAGAUUGUUACAGUGAGGAAAGUGAUGAUGAUGACGAAGCAGACACCGCAGAGUUGUGUGCCGAGUUCAUGGAUAAGCUGACCCCGAGCUCUCAUCACGGUUUUCUCCCUCCUCCACGCUCUUCCUCGUCUCCGUGUCAGGACAUGAUCCCGCUGAUGUCUCCUGUGGGUAACUGCACAGAGACUGCGAGCGCAGACAGCGAGUCGUGGCAGGAGAUCAGCUCAGAAGACGACCCCAUCCGCAAAAUACAGGAAUUCAAAGGAAAUGACCGUCCACCAUCAGAUGAGAUGGAGAUGCUGUAUCUUCAUCUGAAGCAGGCGAGUCUGUCUCCUACAGGAGCCAUGCAGCCGACCACUAAACACGAAUUUAGGUCCUCCUUCAUCAAACGCUGUAAAGACGAGGGCAUUAAUGACAAACUGCAUCUGAUCCGAGCUUUGAACAGUACUUUAAAGGCUAAAGAGGCUGAUCUGCAGGUCGUAGAGCAGAUUUUGAGCGAACCGUCUCUGAGCGUUUCCAAAUACAGACAGUGGCGAGACGCUAAUAUCCUCCUCCUGCAGGAGAUCAAUGAGAAACAGCCGCAGGUUCAGACUCAAACCCAACAGCAGUCUGGGGUCUCCGGUCCAUACGCCGCCAUCCCUGCCGUCCCCGUGUAUGUGGAGACCAGUCUGUGAAAUAACAAACAAAAAACAAACUGAAGUGCUUGUGUGUUGUGUGAAGAUGACCACAGGCCGGUGUGAACCUACAGGAGAUCACAGCUGUGUGUGUGUGUGUGUGUGUGUGUGUGUGUGUGCGCGCGUGCGUGUGUGUGUGUGUGUAGAAAUCAUUUGUCCGAUUUUUGGAGCUUCUCAUAUGUUUUAUGUCACACACUUUUCUGUGAGUUUGUAUAUAUGCUGUAAUGCUUAGUUAACUGUUAAAUUAACCAGUUGAAAAUGUGUGGGCAAGACGUCUUUAGUUUUGUUUAUGUACUGAUCACUAAUAGAAUGAUAAUCAGAUUGCAACACUGUAUAUUUUGUGCAGUUAACCUUUUUAAGGCAGUGUAAAUAUAAACAAACACUCACGUUUGCACACACUUUGUCACAGAUCACAAAUCAAAUCUUCAUUACAUUCAGAGGCUUGUUUCAUUUUAUUAUCAUUUAUUUUAACAUGGCAGUCUCUUUAAAAGAACAUAUUUUAGUAUUUUACUGUAAAUGAGUGUCUUUAGUAUUGUACAUAUAUUGUGUAAAUGUCUGUAAUUUAACUGUGCAGAGGUUAACGUGGUGUUUUUAGAUAAAUAUGUGCAUGUAUUUAAACUAAAUAAAAAAUGACUGCCUGUAAAAUUUUGCACAGUUGAGAGUGUUGAACAUGUGCUCAACAUGUUAUAUAUAUUUGGACUAUAAAUCAGAAAUCUGUACAUUUGUGGUGCUUUGUGAACUCGAGGAGAACGAACCUUGUAUAUCUAUUACA